AGUUAAUUCAGUAGCGAUGUGAACAAUUGGUUUGAUUGAAAAAAAAAAAAAACAAUUUUUCUGAGCCCUGAAGAACCGAUUUCUGUGGUUCCCGUCGAAAUUCAAAUCAACUGAUUGCGUAGUGAAGUAGUAAAACGCAAUAAAUCACUUUUGAAUAUUCGCCAGUUUGGCGACUUGCGUCGAAAUGCGUUCCACAAUUAAAAAGAUAAGUAAAUUUACCUCGCCAGUUGUGAAUCACAUUUUGGAUUGAGUCGACUCAAACAAUUGAAAAAAAUUAGUUCUAAAAGGAAAACGAGUAAAUACGUAGAGUCUUUUAAUUCUUUGGUAUUUUUUAAGGACAAAUUUAUUAAUUACCAAAACUUUAUAGGCAGACAAACACUGAAUUAGGGGCAUCACAGACGAAUUGAUUUCAUUGUGGUUUUAUUGGAAGAUUGAUUCUACUUGUUCUCUAGUUUAACAUUGAUUAGAGAUGUUUAAAAGUUAUUUAUUCGUUGGACUGUUUGUGACAACAUUGAUAAUUGAUAGUGCACAAUCAGAAAAACUCGUCAUCGACACUGACGCCGGUGGUGACGAUGCAGUUGCUAUUUUGCUUGUGUUAUCAGCCUGGGCUGCCAAUGAUUCCAAUUUCGAGGUUGUUGGCAUCACCUGUACCUAUGGGAACACUCUGGAGACAAAUGUGGAGAUGAACGUACUCCAAACUCUGACGAUUGCUAACAUGUCGCAGAUUCCAGUUUACGGAGGAGCUCAAAAGCCCUUGACACGAAAUUCCACGACAGAUUAUUUCUUCGGAGCGAAUGGUUUCGGUGAUUUCGAUUUUGAUGAAGAGAUCACAGCAGAUGUCGACAGAUCGAAGCACGCUGCAGUGGCGUUGGUGGAUCUUGCUAGAAAAUAUCGAGGGGAGUUGAGCGUUUUGGCGAUGGGGCCACUGACCAACAUCGCCAUCGCCAUCAGCCUCGAUCCAGACUUCACUCGGAAUGUUAAAAGAUUUUAUAUCAUGGGAGGAAGUGUCUCGGGGAUUGGUAAUUUUGCCCCAGGUAUUGAGUUCAAUUUUGCUGCUGAUCCUGAGAGCAACUUCAUCCUUUUCAACUCGACCAAAGGAGAGCCAAUAUUUCUGCUGCCGUGGGAAACGACUUCUGUGGUCGGGCUACCGAUGAAAUGGAGAACUGAAGUGCUGGGGUCUAUCGAUUCCAGGACGAUGCGAUUUCUAAAUCUAGUCGAAAGAAAAAUUCUUGCCGGGUCGAAGAUGUGGGGAUCGGCUGAUGUCAUGACAGCUACUUUCAUGCUGUGGCCUCACUUAAUAACGAAAUCCAUUAUUACAAAUAUUACUCCUGUUUUUGAUGGAGCUGCCAAAGGGGCGCUUCUCGUUGAUUACAGAAACAGAAGUGGAAAGAGAAAAAAUGUGGAGAUUAUGCAGAACGGGGAUUCCCAGAGCUUGAAACCACUGCUUAUUAAAUACUUUUCAUAAUUAUGUUAUGAGAUGGGCAAUAAAUAAAUGCAGUCGAGUAAUAAAAAAAAUGUGAAAUUAGAA